AUGUCCUGUGAACAUCACCAUCACCACGGCUCCAAUGGAGACGAUCAUAUCCCACCCAUUCCAACAUCGCAAGCACAGCUGCUCCAUCUGAAAAUCAACUUGGCCCAAGUCACAGCGCUCAAUCUUGAGAACCCACGUGACGACUUAUCCAAGCUCUUCAAAUCGCCACAACAUCGCUACGAAGUCAAGCCAGUGAUCAAAUCCGAUGCAGACGAGCAGCUCAUUUUGCAUGUGCCAUUCUUGAAUGGAAGCGUCAAGCUCCACUCUGUGAUUUUGCGCACAAGUGCACACCAUUGCCCCAAAACGAUCCAGAUCUGGAAAAACAGUCCACAGAUUGAUUUCGACAAUGUUUCUGACUUCAAACCGCAUUUCACUGUGCAGCAUCCACAGAUAGGUGUUGCAUUUGACGAAGAUGAUGACGACAUGCCCCAGGUUGUCGAGUCAGAUGCAGAUUUUGUGGAGCACCAUAUGCCUCGGCACAUCUUCUCCGGUGUGCAACACUUGACUCUUUUCGUUAAGGAUGUGUACGAUGAUGAGGACCAGUGUCGGUUGCAUCUGGUCGAGCUACGCGGUGAGUUUACUGAGCUUUCAAAAGAUCCUGUGAUCACUAUCUACGAGCUGGCAGCUAAUCCAGCAGAUCACAAGGUGGUUGAAACACCAAACUACCAGAUGGGAACCAAUUGA